UUCAUAAACGUCCUGAUACAAGGAUCGACGGGCGCUUGUUUAUCUGGCAGCAGAUCGCUCCACCGCCCAUUUCCAGCGGCCAGUAAGAGCUCUGAACUCCAGUCGGUGGUCAUGCAGGGAUGUGUGUGGCGCCCUGCUGGCACCACUGUGGUUGGUCACCCUUUCAACAGUGGGCCAGGCUGGGUGGAGCGUCGGCCAGGCCCCGGCCGCACUGCCCCAGGCCAAGUCAGACACUACAUAAUAGUAAUACACACAGAAGGAAAGAGCAGGCACGGAUCGCGACUGCAAGUGGAUCGCUGGAUCGUCAGGAGAGGCAGGAACAAUGGCAGGCCGUGGCUACUUGACGGGCGACCUCCUGCCUCUUCACUUGUCCCUCACCUCCUUCCCUCUUACCUCUUCUUGCACAUUCUGAGUCAACGACUCUUGUCAUUCAUUCUUUCUUGUCAUUCCUUCUCCAUCAUUCUUUCACGUCCCUCGUUGCGUGUCUCGCGUACUUCGACAUCUCGCUCUAUACUAUCUCCCUUUUAAUAUCCAUUCUACCCGAAAAUUCAGUCUACUCACUUGUAAUCACACCAAUCUU